ACGAGGUAAAUGAUAAACGUGUUGAAGAAAACUUGCUGAAACUUCGCGCCAGCCAUUUGGAGAAAUUAAUCGCAAAAGGAGGGGCUUCCUUGUGUGAUCUAGAAAAACAGCGCUCACUUUUGGAAGCUGCAAUGAAAGAGCGUCUGAUUGAAAUAAAAACAAUGAGGACUUUAUUAAUCACACAUAAGAAAGCUUUACAAGAUGAUCUUUCGGAGUUGAAGAAAUCAGUGGAACACCUAAACAUACGUAUCAAUCAAUUGAAGAAAAGGUUGGAAAUCAUACAAGAUACGAUGGGAGAAUACAAAGGCUCUGACCAGGUGACGGUCACCCAGCUAAAAAUAAAAAUUGCCCAAACAAAGGGUGAGCUUCAAGAAGAAGGUGAUGAUCUGGAUGCCAAAAUCAACAAAGCUGAACAAGAAAUUACUGCAAUGGAAAACACAUUGCAGGUGAUCAAUGCAUCAAACAACCUCUACAAGAGAAGCUUGAGUGCUGUGGAUUCGGAUGCACCAGAGGUAAAGGAAUUAAAAGAGAUGGAGCGUCAGUAUCAUGCUGCAUCACAAGCUCGGAAAGCUCUGGAAGAGAAACUAAAAUCACUCCAUGAAGAAAUCGAGAGAAUUGAAAAAUCUCACUGUGAGCUAAAAUCAAGUGAAGAAGAGCUAAAGAAAGUGUAUCAACAGAAAGAUCGAGAUGCUCAGGAAUUGGAUCGGCAUUUAGAAAAUCAGGAAAGAAAAUUGCAGCGAGCAGACAAAGUAUUGAAGAAAUUAAUUCGGGAAGUGCAUCUCAAUGUUGAAAGAGCACCUGUAAUCGAAUUUGCAGAGCAAGACAUCAAAGUGAGGGAGCUUAAAGAACUCAAUCAAAGUGCCCUUCUGCUAUUGGCAGAUCUCUCAGCAAGAUACAUAGAAACAGGCCCAACCAUCAACAGGUAUUUGGCGGAGAAAAGUCUUACCCUGCCAUCAGUGUACGCAGCCGGACCAUCUAUCUCAUCCCGAUCAAAACCACCUAGCUCAGUGUCUAGUCAUCUUCCCUCACACGGCCCGAGCAAUCUCUCAAUCGAUGGUUCUGCUCUCCAUCUUGACAAAGCUCCGUCUUCCUCGGUGCCUAAUGUUAUGAUCCUGAACCCGGAUAUAAUCGGAACUUCCAAAGAAACAGCUGGGAGUCAAAAAAAGGUUGGUUUGCAAGGUGCAGAAAGUCAACGUCAGAAGAAAUCAAAUUAUACCGGUGCUAAGAGAAAGGAUAGCAAGUCUUAAAUCAGCAAACUAACUAUUCUCUCCUGUUUUGGAGCUAUCCAGUUUAUUUUCUCAUGCUGGUAGUCUUCAAAUUUCGAUGGAGAAAAAUGUGACCAUACCCGCGUCGUGCACAAGCUCAUGUUACAUGCAUUAAUACAAUUUUUUCGGAACCUCAUCAUGAGUAACCCAGAAGAAAUACCUACGAC